AUAAAUAACCUUAAAAAUCCAGCAACGAAGAUAAGACAGUUGUGGAGAGCUCGUGGUAUAAGCACUCCCCCAUUCUUCCAACUCAUGAUCUUAAUCCCAUCCAACGGUCCAAAAUUCACUGCAAACCCAAACCCCAUAAAAAAAAAAUGAAAUAUAUUCCCACAGUAACAUAAUCUCCUUUGCUCCUCCAUCAUCAUUUCAUAAGAAGAAAAAAAAUUCAACUUGUCUGAGCAAAUUAAGUGACAAUGGCUUCCCUGCCAAUAUUUUCCUUUGCUCCUUCUACAACAAGGGUUUUUGCAACAACAGCUGCGAAAGGUGAAGGUGGAAGCAAAGAAGAGAAAGGGCUUUUUGAUUGGAUUCUUGGGAAUUUGCAGAAGGAGGACCAGUUUUAUGAAACUGAUCCUAUCCUCAAUAAGGCUGAAGAAAAGAGUGGUGGUGGCAGUGCUAAUGGCCGCAAGAACUCUGUUACUGUCCCUCAGAAGAAGAAGGGUGGUGGCUUUGGAGGACUUUUCGCCAAGAAAUGAAAGUAACUAUAAUCAUCCAAUCAUCUCCGGGGGGGUCUCAUUGGUUUGGAAUUCCCUUUUUGUAUCUUCAAUAUUAUGAACCUUUAUUUAUUCUUCAACAUUAAGCUGUUAUUAAUUUCCUUCAAUGCACACUACUUUUUAAUUUCUUUAUCAUAUAUUACGAAUUCAUUUGAAGUUGGAUGUUUGUAUUUACUGUUUUUGGUCAGUUCCUGAUGAGAUUUUUGGAUGAAAGGCUCAUAACAGUUUAGGUUGUGAAUUUAUGUGCUUGUCAGCUUUAAAACAUCAGAACAAAACGAGGAAAAGUGAAUGGCAUAUUUGAUAUACUGUAUGUGAUACAUUUGUCUGCAAAAAAAGUGACUGUGAAUGGCAACAUUUCAUGCAACAGUGAUUAAACAGAGACUGCUCUUUCUGUUGUAUUGCUUUUUUUUUAUCCUCUGCUUCUGUAUACAGCUUAAGAUCAUUGUCAAACAUGCCUCAUAGACAAAUACUAUAUGAUAGUAUUUAAUCUAAUGAAUGCAGAUGACAUCAACUUGCAAUCUUCAUUUCAUUGUGGUUCAAGAUUAAGAUUUCUUGUAUCUUGAAUUCAAUUGUUUUUAUUUUAUCUCUUGCACAAUGAUUUGCCUAUAAAUAUAUAAUCCACUCCUCACUAGAAGUGAGUGCGUUUUUCUUUCAGCUUUGUAAGACUUUAACAUGGCAUCAGAGCACAGGCAUCACAUGAAUGUCUCCACUCACCUCCUCCCAGGCCAAAAGGUCUAACCAUUUCCUUAGUUAUAACCACUGGUUUCUCAACAAAAAGUUAAAACAGAUCAAUAAAUUGAAUUCGUCAAUAGAAUACAG